UGGUGACGGAAGCGGAAGCGCCGGGCCGGGCCGGGCCCGGUGGGUGCGGGUUGGGGCCGGGGGCUCCGGGACGGGCCGGGGGCUCCGGGCCGGGGCGCCUCGUCUCUUCCAGAUGGGGGAACGGCAGCUCCUGGUUCUUUUCGGCAGCCAAACCGGGACGGCCGAAGACACAGCCGAGAGAAUUGGCCGAGAAGCCAAACGGCGGCAUUUCCAGUGCAGGGUGGAGGCCUUGGAUGGCUACGAGGUGGCCAACCUGAUCAGUGAGCCACUGGUGAUAUUUGUGUGUGCAACCACCGGCCAGGGUGACCCACCUGACAACAUGAAGACGUUCUGGCGCUUUCUGUUCCGGAAGAACCUGCCGCUCGGUUCCCUCUGCCAGCUGGACUUUGCUGUGCUGGGCCUUGGUGACUCCUCCUACCCCAAGUUUAAUUUUGUGGCGAAGAAGCUGCACAAGCGGGUGCUGCAGCUCGGGGGCAGCGCUCUGCUGCCUGUGGCCUUGGGAGAUGACCAGCACGACCUGGGGCCAGAUGCAGUGGUGGAUCCAUGGCUCCUGGCCUUAUGGGACAAGAUCCUUGCCUUGUAUCCUCUCCCUCCUGGCCUUGAGGUCAUCAGUCCUGAUGUGUGCCUGCCCCCCAGGUACACCCUGCACUACCUGGCUGAGGAUGCCCUGCACCCCCGUGGUGACCUGCUCCAGAACACAGCACCCAGGGCUGCUCCCUCUGAGCUGCACCCCUUUGCUGCCCGGGUGGUGUCCAACCAGCGGGUAACAGCAGAAUCCCAUUUCCAGGAUGUUCGGCUCAUCGAGUUCGAUGUCACGGGCUCGGGAAUCACGUUCAGUGCAGGAGACGUGGUGAUGAUCCAGCCCCAGAACUGCCCUGAAGACGUUCAGCAGUUCUGCCAGCUCCUGCGCCUGGAUCCAGACAGAUGGUUUGUGCUGAAGCCCACGGAGCCUGGCACAUCCCUCCCUGCCCUCUUGCCACAGCCCUGCACCAUCCGGCACCUGGUCACCCACUACCUGGACAUCUCCUGUGUCCCACGACGCUCCUUCUUCCACCUCUUGUCCUACUUCUCCACCAGCGAUCUGGAGCGGGAGAAGCUGCAGGAGUUCAGCUCAGCACAGGGCCAGGAGGAGCUGUUCAGCUACUGCAACCGGCCCCGCAGGACCACCCUGGAGGCCCUGUGGGAUUUCCCUCAAACUACCUGUGCCAUUCCACCUGAAUACCUGCUGGACCUCAUCCCUCGCAUCAGACCCCGUGCCUUCUCCAUUGCCUCCUCCAUGCUGGCUCACCCUGACCGGAUCCAGAUCCUCAUGGCAGUGGUGCGGUACAAGACGCAGCUCAGCAAACCCCGCCGUGGUCUCUGCUCUACCUGGUUGGCUUCUCUCAACCCAGAGCAAGGUGAUGUCCGGGUGCCUCUUUGGGUGAAGAAAGGAGGAAUGAAGUUCCCAGCUGACCCUGACACCCCAGUGAUCAUGAUUGGCCCUGGCACGGGGGUGGCACCUUUCCGAGCAGCUCUACAGGAGCGCGUGGCACAAGGACGGAGAGGGAAUUGCUUGUUCUUUGGCUGCCGCCAGAAAUCCAAGGACUUCUACUGCCAGGUGGAGUGGGAAGAGCUGGUGGUGAAGGGCUUCCUGACGCUCUUCACUGCCUUCUCCAGGGACCAGGCAGCCUCUUCAGGCCUCUCUCAGCCCCUCUCCAGGGAGGAGAAGGUUUAUGUCCAGCACCGCAUCCGGGAGAACCGACAGCUGGUGUGGGAGCUGCUGAGCGGCCAGAACGCUCAUGUCUACCUGGCUGGGAAUGCCAAGCAGAUGCCAGCGGCUGUGGCUGAAGCCCUGCAGUGGGUGUUGCAGCUGGAAGGUGGUCUGUCACCCUCUGAGGCAGAGGAGCAUUUAACAGCCCUGGAACGGUCCCAGCGCUUCCAAUCUGAAACCUGGUCCUGAGCCUGGCUCCCUGCCUCCCCUUCCCCGUGAACUCUGCCUGAAUAAAGGAGCCAGCAAAAUGA